GUUCUUCCCGGGCGGGAUGCGGAUCCGGGGGGUGCCGUGUUUAUUUAUUUCUUCCUCCCAUACGCGCAUCUUCCGCGGGGGGCUGCGGCCGCGCGCUCUCCCUCCUUCCCCGCCCUCCUCCCAAAAAAACGGGCAAACAAACCAAAGCUGCUUCUCCUCUGCUGCUGCUCUCGUUUGGGAUUUGAUUUGCAUCAUCUCUGAGCCCAUUAAAAGAAAUAAUUAAAAAAAAAAGAGAAGAGCAGAAGAGAAAAAAAAUAGAAAGGGCAAACCAAACCCACACAAAACAUGUGCGGAAGGACUUCCACUCCCUGGCUGUGCUAUUGAGGAUCAGGAAGAGCCUUUGGGGGCUGCAGGAUCUCGCUAGGCUGAUGCUGCUGCUCAAGGAUUUGGUGCAGGGAGACAAAACUGCUGCCUCUUCCAUCCGCUGAUCUCAACAUCUGCAUUUUCCUGCUGCUGUGCUCCCUCUCACACCCUCUCUCCAUGGACUGAUUUUUUUAUUUUUUUCCCUUUUUGCGGGGGGGGGAGGGAAGGACGAGCAGCAAGCCAAGGCAUCGUGCUGAGAGGAGCAAAAAUUGCCUUUAUAGCUCGUGUGCUGGUGGAUCUCUUUCGAGGUUAUUCAGCUUUUUGGGAAAGAAAACAUGACGUCGCCAGCAAAAUUCAAAAAGGAUAAGGAGAUCAUAGCUGAAUACGACACUCAAGUUAAAGAGAUCCGUGCCCAGUUGGUAGAGCAGCUGAAAUGCCUUGACCAGCAGUGUGAGCUUCGGGUCCAGUUACUGCAGGACUUGCAGGAUUUCUUCCGCAAGAAGGCAGAGAUUGAGAUGGAUUACUCCAGGAAUUUGGAGAAGUUGGCUGAGAGAUUCCUGGCUAAAACUAGGAGCACCAAAGACCAGCAAUUCAAGAAGGACCAGAACGUGCUGUCACCAGUGAACUGCUGGAACCUGCUGCUCAACCAGGUGAAGAGGGAGAGCAGGGACCACACCACCCUCAGUGACAUUUAUCUCAACAACAUCAUCCCACGCUUUGUCCAGGUCAGCGAGGACUCAGGGCGCCUCUUCAAGAAGAGCAAGGAAGUGGGACUGCAGCUCCAGGAGGACCUGAUGAAGGUCUUGAAUGAACUCUACACGGUGAUGAAAACCUACCACAUGUACAACGCCGACAGCAUCAGCGCGCAGAGCAAGCUGAAGGAGGCCGAGAAGCAGGAGGAGAAGCAGAUUGGGAAAUCGGUGAAGCAGGAGGAGAAGCAGACCCCGCGCUCCCCCGACUCCACCUCCAACGUCAAAUUCGAGGAGAAACACGUCCGGAGGAGCUCCGUGAAGAAAAUCGAGAAGAUGAAGGAGAAGCGCCAAGCAAAGUACACAGAGAACAGACUGAAGGCAAUUAAGGCAAGGAAUGAAUAUCUGCUGGCCCUGGAAGCCACCAACGCCUCGGUGUUCAAGUACUACAUCCACGACCUGUCUGAUCUCAUUGAUCAGUGCUGUGACCUGGGCUACCACGCCAGCCUCAACAGAGCCCUGAGGACGUUCCUGUCGGCCGAGCUGAACCUGGAGCAGUCCAAGCACGAGGGGCUGGACGCCAUCGAGAACGCCGUGGAGAACCUGGACGCCAACAGCGACAAGCAGAGGCUGAUGGAGAUGUACAACAACGUCUUCUGCCCGCCCAUGAAGUUCGAGUUCCAGCCACACAUGGGGGACAUGGAGUCUCAGCUCUGUGCCCAGCAGCCAGUGCAGAGUGAGCUGGUGCAGAGGUGUCAGCAGCUGCAGUCCCGGCUGUCGACGCUGAAGAUCGAAAAUGAAGAGGUGAAGAAGACGAUGGAGGCCACUCUGCAGACAAUCCAGGACAUUGUCACCAUCGAGGACUUCGAUGUCUCUGACUGCUUCCAGUACAGCAACUCCAUGGAGUCGGUGAAAUCCACGGUGUCGGAAACGUUCAUGAGCAAACCCAGCAUUGCCAAGAGAAGGGCGAACCAGCAGGAGACUGAGCAGUUCUACUUCACAAAAAUGAAGGAGUACCUGGAGGGCAGGAACCUGAUCACCAAGCUCCAGGCCAAGCAUGACCUCCUGCAGAAGACCCUGGGAGAAAGUCAGCGGACGGACUGCGCCCUGGCCAGUGGCCGGCGCAGCUCCACGGUGAGGAAGCAGGAUUCCUCCCAAGCCAUUCCCCUGGUGGUGGAGAGCUGCAUCCGAUUCAUCAGCAGGCACGGUUUGCAGCACGAAGGAAUAUUCAGAGUGUCGGGGUCGCAGGUUGAAGUGAACGACAUCAAAAAUGCAUUUGAGAGAGGGGAGGAUCCCUUGGCUGGGGACCAGAACGACCACGACAUGGAUUCCAUAGCAGGAGUCCUCAAGCUCUAUUUCCGAGGCUUGGAGCACCCCCUCUUCCCCAAGGACAUCUUCCAUGACCUGAUUGCCUGUGUCACCAUGGAUAAUUUGCAGGAGCGAGCGCUGCACGUGCGGAAGGUGCUGCUGAACCUGCCCAAGACCACCCUGAUUGUCAUGAGAUACCUCUUUGCAUUCCUCAAUCAUUUAUCUCAGUUCAGUGAAGAGAACAUGAUGGAUCCCUACAACCUGGCCAUCUGCUUUGGGCCCACGCUGAUGUCUGUGCCCGAGGGCCACGACCAGGUCUCCUGCCAGGCUCACGUCAAUGAACUGAUCAAAACCAUCAUCAUCCAACAUGAGAACAUCUUCCCAGGAGCCAGGGAGCUGGAGGGCCCCGUGUACAGCAGAGGUGGAAACACGGAGGAUUACUGUGAAAGCCCUCACGGAGAGAGAGCCCUGACAGAAGAUUCAGUGCAGGACGUCACAGCUGAGCACCACACCAGUGAUGAUGAGUGCGAGCCCAUCGAGGCCAUCGCCAGGUUUGACUACGUGGGCAGGACAGCCCGGGAGCUGUCCUUCAAGAAGGGAGCGUCGCUGCUGCUGUACCAGCGCGCCUCCGACGACUGGUGGGAAGGGCGGCACAACGGCGUCGACGGCCUCAUCCCUCACCAGUACAUCGUGGUGCAGGACACUGAGGACGGGAUGUCGGAAAGGUCCAGCCCCAAGUCGGAAAUAGAAACCAAUUCUGAGCCACCGGAGGAGAAGGUGACAGCCAGAGCUGGUGCCAGCUGCCCCAGCGGGGGCCACGUCGCAGAUAUUUACCUGGCAAACAUCAACAAGCAAAGAAAGAAACCAGAGUCAGGCAGCAUCAGAAGAGCGUUCCGUCAAAGUGACAGCCACGGCCUAGGUAGUUCCCUGGCAGAACCAGCCUCCCCCGGGGCCAUAGCCGGUUCCAGGCCCUCAUCUCAGCCCAUUCUGAGCCAAAGCCUUCCCAAGGAGGUUCCAGACAAAUGCUCCAUCAGUGGCCACGGCAGCCUCAAUUCCAUCAGCCGGCACUCGUCGCUCAAGAGCAGGAUGGACAGCCCGCAGAUCCGCAAGGCCGUCACGGCCGGCAGGUCCAAGAGCUUCAACAACCACCGGCCCAUGGACCCCGAGGUCAUUGCCCAGGACAUUGAAGCCACCAUGAACUCAGCCCUGAACGAGCUGCGGGAGCUGGAGAGGCAGAGCAGCGUCAAACACGCGCCCGACGUCGUCCUCGACACCCUGGAGCCCCUCAAGACGUCCCCGGUGGUGGCCCCCACCUCGGAGCCCUCCAGCCCCCUGCACACCCAGCUCCUCAAGGACUCUGAGCCCCCGUUCCAGCGCAGCGCCAGCACGGCCGGGGACAUCCCCUGCACCUUCCGGCCCGUCAAAUCCGUCAAAAUGGCCACGCAGGUGAAGCCGCCGGCCACGCGGCCCAAGCCCGCCGUGUUCCCCAAAAGCAGCGCCACCAGCCCCGGCGUGGCCCCCCCGGCAGCCCAGCAGCCCCCAGACAAGUCCUGUACUGUGUGACAGCCCCGUGCUGCUCGCUGCGGGCAGCUCCUGCCCUUCCACACCACGAGACUCUGGCAAAGACCUUGAAAUUCCUCUCUGAACAAGCCUUGGACUGAAGGGGGGUCGGGAGCUGCUGCCAGCCUCGUCCCCCGUGCCCAGGACAGCUCCUGCCACGCUGGGGAAAAAGCCACAAUCCACCAUCCACUGUGAAGCUGAGCAGGAAAACACCAAGGGAUGAGCUGGGUUUUGGUUUCGAUGCCUUGGUCGAGUGUUCGGCCGCUGGAAGGAACGUUUGGUGGUGUCCUGGUUUUGGAUACUGGUGUAGUGACUUCUGUAUUCUGUGUUUCAUUUAUCACAGGGAAACAAUAGGAUAGAUUUUAGUCUAUUGCAUGUUUUGGUGCCACUGGUUACGUGGAGCUUGGACAUGCCUGUUUCUUGUGCAUUAUUAUAAUUAUUAUUAUUAUUAUUCAGUCACCCGCUGGUGCCACGGUGGUUUAAGGGUCUGUCUCGACUUCCAUCACAUCCUCUGGUUUUGUUUGUUUGCUCCCCAUUCCCCCCCUCAGGGCCAAAGCCCUUUGGCCAUCCAGCCUCAUGCUUUAGUUGUCAUGGAAGAAAAUAGUUUACUCUGGAACACUCGUAGAUUUUGUGGAGUUCUACGUAAGAUGUGUCUGUGCAAAUAUAAACAAACAUGUUCCUGAGGUCUGGGAGCACAAGAAAGAGCCCAGUUGUUGCUUAUGGACAAUCUUCACUGGUUUUCCCCUUUGCUCUCCCAUAUUUAAAAGCAGCUUUAUUGUUUCCAGUGCCAUUUUCAGCCUGUGGGCUCUGCCGUGGUGUUUGCUCUCGGGAGACUGAAUGUAAAAGAAAAAAAAAAGAUAAUUUUGAAAAUAAGCAUCCUCUGCUGGGAGCCCAUCCCCACACACGCUCUGCUGGUUUGCUGCUCCUCAGGACAGAUCCUGACCCCAUCCCAGCGCCAAGCACUGUAAAAACUUCGCUCAGGAGUUCUCAGCUCCCUGCCUGUCCCUGCCUGCUCUGCUGGGAGCUGCCCCGGGGAUCUCUGCUCUUAUAGAGCAGUGCAGGGAGCGCUGCUGGGGACAGGGAUGUGACAGGGAUGUGACAGGGAUGUGACAGCCUCUGCCUCCCCUCCGUGCUCCCUGCCACACCUGCUCCACGCAGGACUGACCUGUGAAUGGAUCCUUCGGUGUUAUUUGGAUUUAUCCGUAGCCAGCAGCAUCCACGGACUCUUUUGUACUCCCCUGGGAAUCUCCGCCGUGCCCACGUUUAUUUAAUUGAAUAAUUAAAAGGCCUGUGCCACUUAGGAGUGCAGAGUGGCUGACCCUGAGCUGGCCUCGAUCCUCGGCUUUUCCGGGAUUUCAGACGAGCUGCACAUCUUAGGCUUCCAUCAAAGAAGGAAUUCAGGACAACAUAAGAAAAGUCAUUUUUCUCACCCAUUCAAGCUGAGUUUCCUUUCGGUUUGUGGCUUCCUGGUGACUGCAAAGUCAGUCGAAUUGGCACUUAAAAAAAGAAGAACCAAGAGUUGCUGAAAUGUCCUUUCCUGACGCAUUUAGGAAAAACGGAGCAGGGUCUUCCUGCCCCCACACGCACAACCCCCUCUCUACAGAAGCAAUCAAUCUAUAAUCAAUAACUUCCCAAUAAUCCAGCUUCCUCUGGGCCCUGAGCUGAGGACGUUCUGGGGAGCACUGGGGAGGUUUGGUGAGAACAAUCCUGGUUUUUUCCUUCCUCCUGAGCUCUCCUGGUACGAGCGUGACUGUCCCUGCCCCUCCAGGAGAUGCCACCAGCCACCUUUGCUCUCAGGUUCUGAUGGACUUCUACCACCAAGGAAUCACUUGUUCUUUUGGGGAAAAAAAAUAGAAAUAGAAUGAUUAAACUGGUAAUUUUUUUGCUCAGGCAGAACUUUCUGGCAUUUCCUUUUUAGUAAGAAUUUUUUUGGGUUUUUGAUUUGUUUUCUCUUUUUUUUUGUUUGUUUUUUGGGGGUCUCACAUGACCGAAGUUAAUCUGUGUCAAGAGCAGGAUCUCUGUAAAUCGACUUUGCCUCAUUUUAAUGCCUUAUUUUCUUUUUUUAUAUUUUUAUGCCUAGCACUCAAUAUUCCUAAGAAUAAGUGUUCAGCCACGCACAGCACGUUGGAGGAGCUGCUCUUUUCCAGCUUCAAGGUCUGAAGUGUGGAAUUAGAUGGAAACAAAAAAAAAAAUUAAAAAAAAAUUUAAAAAAAGACUUCAGGUUACUGUAACAGCAACUGUCUGUAUCUGAAUUAUUUACUGUGCUUCUCUAGCAUCCACAGCUCUGGGACAAUCCUGCUGCCAAGGAUAUGGAGCAACUCAACUGGAAUUCUGGUGUGCACUGUGAUUGACACAAGCAAUAGCACAGGCUGAAGCUCGCCCUUCCUCUUCCUCGGGCGGAAAAAUCGCGCGCGGUGGGGACAAAACGAGAAAACCGCACACGAAAUAGUGGAAAAAAGGAGAUUUUCAGCUUGUCCGCCUCACUCUGUGAACACACAAGGCUGAGAGGGCGUUUGCCACGAGUGUUUAAUGAGCAGUCGCUGCCGGAAAGGUGGGAAGGAGGACCUGGAAUUGUUCCCUCCCUGCAGAGCCAGGGGAGGGCAGGGGACAGUCCCACACCGUGGUUUGCUUGGGGAGGUACCAAGGUCACUCCACAUCUUCAUAUCCCGAAGGAAUUUUAGCUCUUCCACAGAAAUCCUCUUCUCAUGACUUUCCCCGUGACGUUUGUGUCGAAUAGAGAGACAAAAGAAGUGUUUGAUAACUGGAAUUACGUCUGUCUGUUGGAUAGUGCUUUGUAUGAACCUUGUUCAUCAGGUGUUGGAUUGAAAUAAUCCAAAGCAAAAAAAAAAAAAAAAAAAAAAAAAGAAAAACUUUUAGAAUGAAACACGGUUUUAGGUGAUCAAUCUGAAUGGUUUCUGAAGCUCAGACCUUUUCUGGGUUGUUUCCCUAGUUGGGAAUGGAGCAGUGUGCUUUAAUCAUUGCUUAAUUUCUGCCUCUCUGAGGUCGUCCAAAGUAUAUGAAUUGUAAAUUUGUCCUUCAUGUCCGAGCAGUGGGACACGAUCAAACCCUCUCACUUUUAUCUGUACUGGGUAUUUUAUUGCAAUGAAAAUGAGUAAAUAAUUAGAGUGCACUGUGACAGCAGAACAAAAAAAAAAAAGUUGUUGUAUAUGUCUGUAUUUUGAUACCUGUUCAAAAGGAGUCUUUGGGUUUCCUGUGCUGAAUACCUCAUCUGUUGGGUUUUGGGAGUUUUUGUUGAUUUUUUUUCUUUUUAAUUUUUUUUUUUCCUUUUUUAAGGCAAGAUUGUUCUUGCACAAAAGUAGGUUAAGAUAACCGAGUUCUCAUAAAUUUAUUUACUGAAUCAAAACGCUUCAGCUUGGCAAGAAAUCCCAUCUGCUGCAGUUCCCCACCUCGCCCUCGGUACGGGGCCGACCCGGCGCACGUGGAAGAGCUCCAGCAACCCCGGGACAGGAGAAGCUCCUUGCAGGUGGAGUUUGCUGCCUUAUUUCUCUUCUUCUCCAUGUCAAAAACCUCAAAAUCAGCAGAGCACGGCGCAGGUUUGGGGAUUUGUGGAGCUUUUGGGAGGUGUUCUCUUCUGCCAAAAUCGACGUCUCCGUUCUCAGCACUUCGGAUCCUUCCCGGGGGUGUGGAGUGGGGAGGCUGGAACGUUCCCGGGGUGGGAUCUGUGUGGAGGGAACACUUCCAGGAGGUGAUGAGUCAGGAAUGAUGGGGAAUGUCCCCAAAAUCCCCGCUGGGUCUGAGGGAUUCCAUGAGAGGCUGAGCUCAGGCCCCCUGUGCCCCUGUCCCCCCGGGUGUGGCACUGCCCUGGUGGCCAGAGGGGCACCUGUGCUUGGCAGGACCAAGCCCUGGGUGUAGAGAGAUGUGCCCCAAACACACCUGAGAGCCACAGGGUAGGGAACUGCUUCAAAAACUGCUUCAAAACCACAGGAAAAUGGGGCAUUUCCAUCGCUACUGGGCCUGUCCAGAACAGAAAAUUGAGUUCAAUAAGCCAGGGAUUUAUUUAUUUUGAGAUUUUUAGCUUUCACAAAAAUAACCAGCCCUUUUUGGGGCUUGCCUGGCCUUGGCUAAUGCCCCACAAAUGCAGCUGGGGACAUAAAGCUGCUCCUUUAGUGGGCUGGUAGCACAAGAGGUGGAAAGGAGGGAACGUCCUUCCCCCAGGGAA